CCCUCUAACGUUGGUAAAGUCCAUUUCUCCUAAAUGCCGAUGAGGUCUGAUAACAGGCGGAGGAAAAUGGACAGACGACAGCAGAACCAGCUCAAACUUUCACCCAGACUUUUUUAUGGAGACAAGAUGAAAACUUUACUGUUGUUGCUUCUGUUCUGUCACGUUUCAUCAGCGGCGAAACACACCCUGAGUUACCUGCUGACUGCAUCCUCUGCACAGCCGGACUUCAGCUUUGUCGGGGCUGUAGUGGUGGAUGGCGUUGUGGCGGGUUACUGCGACAGUAAAAAAAAGGUAGUAGAGCCAAAACAGGAGUGGAUGAAAAGAUUCAAUGAAGAUGACCCUCAGCACUUAGAGUGGCACAAUCGGCAUUGUUACGAGUUACAGCCCAACUUCUUCAAAGCCACCAUUUACAAUCUGAAGCAGCGCUUCAACCAAACUGGAGGUGUCCACAUCUUCCAGAGGAUGAGUGGUUGUGAUUGGGAUGACGAAACUAAUGACGUUAGAGGCUAUAGCCAGUAUGGUUAUGAUGGAGAAGACUUAAUAUCACUGGAUCUGAAGACAUUGACGUGGAUCACUACGAAACCGCAGGCUUUAAUUUUCAAAACGAGAUGGGAUACCGAGAAAGAAAGAAUAAAAGUCAACAUGAAAUACCUCAAGCAGAUUUUUCCCGUGUGGCUGAGGAAGUAUUUGGCCUACAGCAACGGCUCAGUGGUGAGAACAGAGCAUCUUUCAGUGUCUCUCCUCCAGAAGACGCCGUCCUCUCCAGUCAGCUGCCACGCCACGGGUUUCUACCCCGACAGCGCCAUGAUGUUCUGGAGGAAAGAUGAACAGGAGAUUCAUGAGGGCGUGGACCCCAGAGAGGUCCUCCCCAACCACGACCAAACCUUCCAGAUGAGUGUUGACUUGGACGUUUCAACCAUCCCACCUGAGGCCUGGAGCAGGUACGACUGCGUCUUUCACCUCUCUGGUGCCGAGGACGUCGUCACCACACUGGACAAAGCAGCGAUCAGGACCAACAGAAAGGAGCCCACGAGCACGACCGUCUUCAUCAUUGCUGCAGUGGUUUUUGUUGCUGUCGUCCUCGCCGCUGCUUCCACUGGAUUCAUGGUUUACAGAAAGAAGAAAGCUGAUUGCCCUCCAUGUCCUCCUGACAACGACUCUGAGCUCUCUGUGAAACUGAAUCAAGACAUGAAAGAUGGACUCGAUUAGGUGCCUCAAAAGGGAUGAAGAAAGUAACACUUUAAAACGUUAUGUUUUACACUCCAGUGUUUAUUCCCGUGUGUCCUACCAAUCUCAAAAUAAGACAAUAACACAAACAGGCCUAUUCAGCUAUUCUGCUUAAAUGAAUGUACACUGUGAUGUGUAUCAAGCAGCUUUAGGCAUCAAAAUUGAAACUUAAUUAGUCUGAAAAAAAAAAAAACAUUCACUGACACAGGACUGAAACCCUGGUCUCAAUGUGUGCUCGUCCUGUGUCAUCCACCACAUCUUAAUACUGCUUUGGACUUUUUUUGUUUGGUUUUUUUAGUUAACCCUUUGAAACCUGGAAUGA